AUGACAUCUGCUGCUCGUCCAACCUUUUUACCAGCUGUAGGAGGUCACUCUCUAAGAGACACUGGAGCUGCACCAACUCAUAUUGUCAGAGCAAAGGAACAGACUGCACACACCAAACUCAAGGACCGAUCGGAUCAGUUUCAUGACAAGUCUGCCAUUGAUUUCAAGAGAAAACUAGAAAGCAGCGAAAAUGAAAAUACUGCAAAGAACAGAAGCGGAUUGUUAGGACCAGGGAGAAAUGAAGAUCCAGGCGAAGCAGCAGCGAGGAGAAAACUAUUGGAGCAGCAAAACAUUGAUGCAGAUGACUCGGACGAUUCUGAAGAUUCCAAUCAGUCAAGUGAUGAUUCUGACGAAGACGACACUGCAGAGCUUAUGCGAGAACUAGCAAAAAUAAAGCGAGAGAGAGCGGAAGAAGCAGAACGACAAGAGCGGGAAAAGGAUGAAAACGAAGCUCGAAUGAUGGAAGACCGAGCAAAGACUGGAAACCCCCUCAUGGCAUCUGCUACAAUGGGAUCAUCUAGUUUUACAGUUAAGCGUAGAUGGGACGAUGAUGUGAUUUUCAAGAAUCAAGGAAAAAGUAUAAACGAUGGCAAUAAGAAGCAGUUUAUCAACGACAUGCUACGGUCUGAUUUUCACCGCAAGUUUAUGAAUAAAUAUGUGAGAUGA